UCAUUUUUUUAUUGCAGCAAUUUUUUCAAGAUAACCUCUGCAACUUUUUUAUUUGACCUGACUACUAAAUUAUGAUGAGAUUCCAUAGGAGUAAAAUGCUAUAUUCGUUUGUGUUAGUUCAAAUAAAACACAAGGUCAAGAAAAAUAGCUUUCCUUUCUGUGGAUAAAUAAGCCAAUUAAUUUGUAUUUUAAUACCCGUAAGAUAAAUAUUUCUCUAGUCGGUAGGUAUGAUUUAAGGUGAGACAUGUGCGAGCUGUUAAAAUCCCAUUAUACCAACAAGUUUAGACUACAAACAACUUAAAGAAAUUCACAGUUAAAUCUAUAUCUGGAUGGAUCCUAUCUUUUUAAGUUUUAGAUAAGCUAUCUUAUCAACAUUAAUUUCAGUUACAUGACAUUUUCUGCAUUACAGUCUGUUGACAAAAUUAAGGCGGUUUAAGGUGAAGGUGUCCUGGGUUCCCCCACUACUUUUUUAGCUUAAUGUAAAUUUUUCAUUAUGCCUCCAAUAAUUUCUAGCUGAUCAGCUUUUGCCUGACUUUUUGAAAGGGUGAGGUGGCCUGAUGGAAUUGCUUUCCCUCAAACCGCCUAAAUUUUGUAGACGGAAUAUAGUGCAUACUGAAACAUCUGAACAUAUGUUACAGUAGUACUAACUACCACACCGUAUCUUUUAUUUGGACUAAACAUGUUAAAAUAUCAGUGCAAUAUACCAGUUAUUAGUUAAACUCAUACUGAUUCUGAAGAGGUACAUUGUCUGGACGUACUUUUGUUUUUAUUAUAUUGUGUGUUUCAUUUGGUCACACCACAAAGUGUAACAUUUCUUACAGGUUUGGUGAUAAGAUUUUUGGUUAAAGUUUGUGGUUGUUAAAUUAAUUGUACUUUCAGGAGUUAGCUAAAACUUCAUGUUUCCAACUAUUAAUUAUUCCCUUGACACAUUGAUGGUUUUGAUUAUGAGGCAAUAAAAUGUGGGUUGAAAAAACUGUGAUGGAAAUAAUUUUUAGGACUCCAAAGCCUAGACGAGAUAUUUGUUGGAUAAUGAAACAUGGAAGAAGAUGAUUUUAUUUCACUACAGAAAAAAAUAAUACACACAAGGAUUUUUAGGAUUCAUAAAAGUUGUGUCUUAAGUCGGAUUAAGUACAUGAUUCUUUAAGUGUCUAUGAAGCAGAAGUUUUUUAAAAAACUUUAUCGGAAGUUGAAAAAAAAAUCAAAGAGAAGAUAUUGUACCUUAUAAAACAAGUUUGAGACUAGUAAAGCCCAAUUUUGGCUUUAAGGAAGAUACUUGAGAAGGAAUAAAGCUAACAACAUCAUAUUUUGGAUUUCUUUUAAAUGCAGAAUUCAAGAAUGUUAAUGAAAUCAUUUACCUCACAAUGUUUAAAAGAAAACAGGAGAUGUCCUAAUUUGUGAGAUGGAUGUUAAAAAAAAUUGCGAGAAUCUUGAAUAUCAUGGUUACCUCAGGAAGGCAAGAGUGAGCCGUUUGAAGAGAUGUUAGAGAAGACAGUUGGAUUUCACAACCCCAGCAAUGUCAGCUGUCUGGCCAGUGUUAUGGGAUUGGGGAAUCUUCACCACACCAAUAUUCUAGCCCUCAAAGGACGUUUUCCCGAGACGGAGUAUGCGACAGAGCUGCGUAACGUACAGGCAGCCAAGUGGGCGUUCCGUAGUGUCGCUGAUGGCAUAGAACACUUCAAGUCUGGUCGCAUGACUGAGGCGUUCCAGUGUCUUAACAAGGCCUUGAGCAUUGACGCCAACAACAUAGAAGGCUUGGUCGCACGUGGAGCUUUAUAUGCCAAUGGUGGAAGUUUUAAGAAAGCAAUCGACGAUUUUGAGAUUGCCUUGAAAUUGAACCCUACUCACGUGAACGCAAGGAAAUACAUGGGAGAGACACUAGUGGCUUAUGGAAGGAAUUACGAAGACUCAGGUCAGACAGAGGAAGCUCUGAAGUUGUACGAGAGGUGUUUGGAGAUUGUGCCUUACCACGAGGAAGCACAAAACUCCAUUGAGUACAUCCGAGUGAAGAUGGCCAACGGUUCAACCUCGCUGACAGAUGGACUCGUACCUUCAUUGACCUCUAAGACUCAGGGGGUCAAGGACACCUUGAAACAGCUGCUGGGCAACGAGACUGCCACCAAGGAGGAAGGGACUAGCUCUGCUAAGAAGAAGAAGAAGGAGAAAAAAUCAAAAAAACACAAACGCCACUCAUCAUCCAGUAGCAGUUCGUCUUCUGGAAGCUCAAGUUCCUCUUCUUCAUCAUCAUCCUCCUCUGAUACCAGUUCUGCAUCUUCUAAUGAUUUCCACGGCAAGAAAAAGCAUAAGAGCAGGAAGAGUGAGCCAAAGGAGAAAUCACUGUCACCACUAAGCAAAAGGAUGGCAAUUAUGGACUCUUCUGCUACAUCCGAAACUGAUGGACAAAGAGGAUCUCAUUACAACCCUCCUGCCUUGCCAUAUUCUUUCUCAGCUGAUCCAGCAGCUGCUGCUAUGGUUUACGCCUCUUCUGGGAAGACGGACAAAGAGUCGGAAUAUGAACAACGAGUUUGUAAAUUCCUGGAACAGACAAAAGGUGAUUCUGACUACGAGGAGAAAGUACGCAAGUUCCUUGAUGAAACUGCAAAAUGGAAAAAAGAACGCAAAGCCAUAGAAGAAAAGGCUAAAAAGAAGCGCAAGAAAGAGAAGAAAGCAAGGAGCAAGAGCAAGAAGAAGAAGCGUGAUGAACGUAAAAAGAAGAAAAUGAUGAAAGAAAUAGAAGAGAAGAAAUUACGUGAUGCCUUGCGAAAACAAAGGCGAAGAAGCAACUUAGAAGAUGAUGAUGAAUUCCUGUAUGGUGAAAAAGAUUUAAGGUUAAGUCUACCUGACUUGGAAGAUUUACAAAGCAAGCUCAGUUAUUACGUCAAAGUUGAGAAAGGAAAUUCAUCAAAAAAGAAAGAGAAGAGCAGCAGUGUAGAGAAGCUAGUUGCAGCUGCUCAAGCUAAGAAAGCAGCUUCUCCCAAAGGGGUCCUACUAUUGGAAGAGGAACUGAGGGAAGAGGCUAGGCAGAGGAAACUGGAGAAGAAGAAACUUGACAUAUUUGAAGACUCCCCCCCUCAAAUAAGACCUCCUGAAGCUAAAAAUGUUCCGUUACCAUCUGGGGCCCCUCCACCUUCGAGCAAGUUCAAGAUGCAGAUUGGCUCAGCUCAAAAUCGACUGAAGAAACGAGGCGAUAAAACUGAGGAGAAAGAUACUUGGGAUGAAGUGGGAGAAAAGAGGUUCAUUUACAUGAGCGAGACAAUCACACCAAGCAAAGAGAAAGAGACCAAAACACUUCCAGAUAAGAAAAAAGAGGUUGAAGAACAGUUGGCUAAGGCUCCGAUGAUCCUGGAUAAGUUGGGAGGAUUCCGUAUAAAUCCAUUGGCUGCUGAGAAAAAAUUAGACGACAUCACACCACAGAAACGUAAGCUGCGGCCCAGAGUAAGUGAAAGUGACUCUUCAGAUUCAGAGGGAGCGGCCAAGAAGAAAGAAAGGGCUGCCAGGAGUCCGGGAUCUUCAAGGUCUCGCAGCAGGUCUCGAUCACACAAGAAGUACUCGAGUGAUUCACCUCCGCCUAAGAAGUAUUCAAGCAGUUCAUCCCGCAGUCCCUCCUAUCGCAAGGACCGCAGCCGCAGCAAGUCUGGGUCUUACCGCAGUGAUCGUGAACGUCGUCGUUAUCGCAGCAGUGAAAGCGGCUCGUAUCGUAGCAGAUCUUACUCCAGAUCCCGCAGUCGUUCACGUUCCAUGGACUAUCAUCGACGGUCACGCAGCCGCUCAGACGACCGUCACCGCUACCACAAGUAUCCUGGUCGCUAUCCUCGCAACCGAGGUACUUACUACAGACCUCGCUUCCAGACUGGUUUCAAGACUAGACCUGGAGGAUUCUUCCCUCGGGGCAGUUUUGUUCCCAGGGGCGGCCCGUGGAGACCUGGUGGUCGACCUUUCAUCCCUCGGAUGCGGGGUAGAGGACGACCGAGGUUUUUCCAUAACAACUUCAAACCUCGUGACGAUCGCUACCGUCGCUAUGAGAGAGACAUGUCACGGUCCGAUGACGACGACGGCAGUCCGAUGCGUAAAGUGGAUGCUGCCAAGGAGCGGAUUGAUAGAAUGUUGAGCGAAGACAAGCGCCACACAGGACCGUUGAGCGAAGGAGAGGAAAGGGACGAUGAUUACAUCGACAGGAAGGAUUAUGAUAGAGAGAGGCCAAGACAGUCGACAAGUCCGGAUAUGGAUAGGAAGAAGGAAGGAAUCAAGGAGGAAAGGAAGAGUGGGGGAAAACCGAACCCUUGGUGAAAUAGAGACUACAGUACAUUGACAGCUUCUCAUUAGAUAAGUUUAUUUUGUUAAUUCAGUCAAAAUAUUGUAUAUAUUUUAUAUGCAUGUGCUUCUUAUGUUUUAAUUGAAGAUUGUGCUACACUAAGAUGGUCAAAUAGUGUAAAUUUAGAUUUGAUUAGCGUUACCUGUGCUAGCUGUUUAGGACCACUGUUUAUAAAUAAAUUCACUUUGGUGUAA